AUCAGCUGAGCGCGCACAUACGGGGGGUGGGAUGAAGGGGCGAGAUCAGUUGCUGACGGCCGUAUUUUUCAGCCUAUAUUCUGCGGCCGAAUUAUCGUCUCGUCGGCCCAAUGAGUGCCGUGUGUGAGUUCGGGAAGUAAUCCUUGGCCCAACCCAGGCGGGGCAGCCCUCGCAGGGGCGGCGCGGGGGCGCAGGGGCCGCUCGCCGCGCGCUGCGUCGCCUGGCAACUCAGCAUGUAAACAUCAGGAACAAAGACGAGCCCUCACCUGUCUGCUUAUUUGGACUCGUUUUCUCGUUCACCCAAGGCAGCAGAUAUUUUUCCUCUCUCUAGGAAAUGAUAUUAGCCAGACAGAAGGGUAUGGUCUGGAAUGGCAAGAGGAGAGAGUGUGAAUAAACAAGAAGAAUCACUGACACACAGUGUUGAUAAACCUUGCACCACAGUACUUGACAGUCUUCUGACUUCAUUCAAAGAUUCGCUUGAUACACCAAAAGGGAUAGUAAGACUGUGUAAUGUCCAGGAACCUAACUCUGAAGAGAAAGAAAAGAGAAGGCCUCUGUCAAAGAAGGACAAUUUUGUAACUGAUGGUUGCAAAUGGUCAUGCAAGAGCUGUGGCUUCUUGAAUGUAGCAUCAACUGAACAAUGUGUAAUAUGUACAAAAUGGAGGCCCAGAUUACCCAGACAGUACAAGUUCCAGAAAAAGAUCACAAAGAAGACUGUGAUUUAGUUGUAGAGCUAGAUAGUAAGAAAAUUUAUGAUGUUGAAAAUAAUAACAGUGAGGAAAUAGAGACUUGGGAAUGCAAGAGAUGCACUUUAAAAAACUUAAUAGAUUUUGAGUAUUGUGAAGUUUGUGAAGCACCAAGAAAGCCAAACAUCCCAACAACACUACCAAAGAAAAACAAAAACAUAUCCAGUGCACCAGUCAGUGAUAUAAAAAAUGGAAAUGAUGACGCUGCUGCUAGUCAGAAGGCUGAUGUUAAGCUUCAGUCAGGAAUCCCCAAGCUUCCCCUCAGGAAAUCAUUAAAUAACCCUUCAAGUUUGAAUGUUGCAGACUCACUUGUCAAGUUUGUUGCUAGUAGGUUGUCAUCACCUUCAGAGGGUAGUAUGUCUGGCCCAGCGAAUGUUGUGCAGGAUACAAAACCAGACCCCACUCCAGCAGGGGUAUCAUCGCCGGUGGUUGACCUGACUCGGGCAACUAGUCAGGAAGAAUACACCCUCGAUGAGUCUGAUAUGUGGUCUUGUAGCUUCUGCUCAUUUGCUUACAAUCCCUCAUGGUCAGAAACGUGUGAUGUUUGCAGUGGAAUGAGGGAUCAGGAAGUAAAUCCCAAAACUAGAGAAGUUUUAAAUCAGGGUUUAGAUGAAGAUUUUCAAUUACUUACCACAGAUUUAACAGAGGAGGGUGAUUCACCAGAUCAAAGUUGGACUUGCAUAAAGUGUACCUUAGUAAAUCCUGGUGUUGAGAAUGCAUGUAAAGUGUGUGGUGGCUCAAGGUUGAAAAGUAUUUGCUACGUAGAUGAUGCCACUUUAAAAAGAGGAGAAUUUUGGACCUGUGUGGUUUGUACUUUAAAAAAUCCCAUUUUUGCUCGACGCUGUAAAGCCUGUAAGGCUAAAGUUGAUGGAACUGGCGGGACAAGAGAUAAACUUAGUUCAAAUGUUGAAUCCAAAUCAAAGGAUUCUCGACCAAAGUCAGAACAUAUCAGCAGUUUAAAUUGGAAUAUGGGUGCCCAAAAAUCUCCCAGCCUGCAAAGGAUGAGUUUAAUGGAUACUGCUAAUGCUGGUGGUGUCAAUACAGUCACACAAACUGAUAAUCAAAAUGGUGCUCAUUGUAAUGAUAUAUCUAGUCGAGGUAAUGGAGCAAUACCAAAGUCGAACAUUGUUGCUGGUUGUCAGGGGUCUGGUAGUUCUCAGACGUCAAGAUCUCCAACAUCAACACCAGGGUCCCCAGUUGACCAACCAAGGGAGCUUGUGGUGUCUUCUACCUCGUCGUGGAAUUGUAGUGCUUGUACAUUUAAUAAUAGUGCUAGUUCUGUGUCAUGUGCUAUGUGUGGCUCUUCGCCAACCCUGGGAGAUGUUCAGGUCAGCUGGCCUGGAAAUAGAACUUACCGCGGACAGUCUGAACUCAUGGAUGUCUUAAGAGAAAUGGAAGAACAUGAAGCCUUGAAUAAGUGGACAAGAAUUGUUCAAUACUGCAAAGUGAACCAACAUCCAUUUGUGGACGACUCCUUUCCACCAGUCCCAAAAUCCCUUUUCUACAACUCAUCAGAAAAGAAGGAGUCUAGGGUUACACAGUGGUUACGUCCACAUGAAAUUGUUGCAGAUUCUGAUGCAAGAAAUGUAAAAUGGGCUGUUUUUAGAACACCAUUGCCUUCGGAUAUUUCUCAAGGCCUCAUCAUCACCUCAUGAAGAUGAUAUAGAUGAAGACCUAAUCUGGGCCCAGCUUCUAAGUUCACGAUCAGCAGGAUUUUUAAUGGGUGCUUCAUGUGGUGGCGGAAACAUGAAGGUGGUAGAUGAGGAAUAUAAAGCACAAGGACUGAGACCCAGACAUGCUUACUCUGUUCUUGAUGUACAAGAUGUAGGAGGCUUUAGGCUGCUACAGCUGCGUAAUCCUUGGGGCCACUACUCUUGGAGAGGGCGGGACUGGUGUGAUGACUCAAGUGUCUGGACGCAAGAGCUGAGGGAGAAGCUGAUGCCGCAUGGGGCUGAUGAUGGAGUAUUUUGGAUAUCGUUUCAAGAUGUGUUAAAAUAUUUUGACUGUAUUGAUAUUUGCAAAGUUCAUAGUAAUUGGUCUGAAGUACGUGUGACUGGAACUUUGCCUUCAAUAGCUGAUCGACGGGCUUUGACUCCCACCCUUAUUACAGUGCUAGAACCAACAGAGGUGGAAUUCUCACUUUUUCAGGAAGGACACAGACAGGUGAUUAUAGUUUUGACCCAGCUGGAGAGUAGUGGGGGGUUCAGUAUUGCACACCGCCUCACUCACAGGCCAUCACACUCGCCCGGCCUGCAUGAUUGGGGACCCCCAGGUACCAACCAUGAACCUCCUAUUGAUGCUCCUACGCAUGGCCUUCAUGCACCCAGACCAAUUUGAGUGUAAACCAUUAUGAAAAAAAAAUUAUAAUGACAUAUAUGUGAUGAAGAUCCAACUAUUGUAUGUAUUGUUAUUGCCCCAUGUAGUGUUAAUAAGAUAUACUAAUGUACUGCACAUGUAUCGUUGUUUUGAGAAAUAAAGAUCAGGUCCCGAUGAU